UUUUAGGGCUAGAUUUAUGAAUAUCACACAAAAACAAACGGAGGCCGCAGGUUCUCCACCUGUGGUAUAGUUAUUCAUAAUGAGAAUAAUAAAUAAGGACAUUUGCAAUAAAAAAUAAUCAAGGUUGCACAU